AUGCCACAACCUAGAGCCAAGUCCAAUCGUUCGAGGAAAGACAGAAACACAGACCCCAGCAGAUCUGCUAUCUCAAAACCCACAAACAGAUCAUCGAAACGCUCAAAUGAACGUAGCCGUCAUUCCAAAGAUGAACAAGAUCCACCUGAAGAACCAUCCGAUAAUACUAUCCUAAGUGUUCCUUCUGGGACAAUGUGUGAUUAUCUCAAUGCGGAUUGCUGGCCACGCCAUUUUUACGCUGGUCAUCCACCGGCCGACACAAUCAUGAAUUGUCCUUCUGGUGAGCAUACCUCUCAUUAUGUAUGUGGUCUUUGUCAGACGGAUGAAAGUAUAAGUCGUUGGUGUCCCUUCACCACCCCAGAAAUACGUGGGGAGACAGAUAGUCAGGCAUUGUCAAAUACUCCAUCGACCCAAGUGGGAAGUAAUAUGUUAGAACCGGUUGAAGGGUGGAACGAUAGGAUGAGUACAAUCUCGGCCACGGCUCAAUAUCGUGUUGACAAUACACGGGAGACAUAUAACAAUCUACCUUGGACGAGGGGAGGUUCCAGCUCUGGUUUUGUCACCGGGGGACAAUCAGACAAUUUUGCUGCACUUCCGGGAAUAGAAGAAAGGAUCACCGAGCUUGGCGAAGAUGAAGAGGUAGAUGAUCAGAAUUGGCUUUCGUAA